AUGGCUCAAUCCUCUCAGUGCUAUCUCCCUCGAUUCGCCUCCGCGUCUGCCGGGCCUAAACGCCCGGUCUCGAUGAAGACGAGACCGACUCCUUCCCAGCAUGCGCAAUUAUUAAUCGCAUCGCACGAGGGUCGUCUGAGCUCGCUGUUGCGAGCCACCUGGGCUCUGGUCCUACACUACUAUAUCCGUUCCGAGGAUAUCUGCUUCGGCUACCAGCACAUUGAAGGCGACGCUCGCACCUCCCGAAACCCUGUACAGCGGUCGAGCGGCGCUGGCUUGUCGGUGGUUCGGCUAGCAGUUGACGAGAACGACUCCAUCACCGCCAUUGUAGAUAAAGUGCGCAGGCAAGAUGGAUUCGACAUGCAGGUCAAUGGAUCUGGAAGACUGGAGGACACCGCCGAUGGAUAUCUUCCUUUCAACACCAUCCUGAUGCUGCGCACAUACAAUCAGGCGUCGAACACACUGUCCGCGCCUCCAUCGGCACCCAUUCUGGCAACCGCUCUGCCCGACGAGUGCCAAGUUCGCCUCCAUGUGAAGGUCCUGAGUGGGGACAUCAGCAUCUUCCUUGAGUGGCGUAACGGAGACAUGUCGGGGGAACACAUGAAGAGUGUUGCCAACAUCUUCGAGCAGAUGCUCGCCAAAGUUCUUUCUUCCGAAGACACCGCUAUUAACCAGCUUAAUUUGUUUUCGGAGAAUGACUGGCGGCGCAUCCACAAAUGGAAUUCUACCACUCUUACACUGCACGACCGGUGUAUCCACGACGUGAUCCACGAACAGGCGCUCGCCGGCCCUGAGAGAGAGGCGGUUUGUGCCUGGGACGGAAGCCUGACCUACCGCGAGCUGGAUCAUGUCGCCUCGAAACUGGCCUGCCAUCUGCGCAUGCGGGGCGUAGGCCCCGAAACCCGCGUGGCGUUGUGUUUUGAUAAAUCGAAAUGGAACGUCGUCGCAAUGCUUGGCGUGAUGAAGGCCGGCGGCGCCUUUGUUCCGCUGGACGCAACACACCCGACUUCCCGUCUGCAACGCCUGGUCAGCGCCGUGCAGGCCUCAAUUCUUCUGUGCUCGCAACCUCGCGCGCAGCUUCUCAAGUCCGUUGCCAAGACGGUGAUCCCCUUGUGCGCGGAGACGCUGGAUGGGCUGUCGCCUCCCGCGGACAAUGUGGAUGAUGCGUCGGGUGUCACCAGUCAGAAUGCAGCCUAUGUGCUGUUCACUUCCGGAUCCACGGGCGAGCCUAAGGGCACCCUGUUGGAGCACCGCGCAUUCCUGUCGAGUGCCAUGGUGCAUGCCGCUGGACUACAAAUUUAUCGCGACACGCGCUCGUUACAGUUCGCUGCGCACACUUUUGACGCGAGCUUGGCUGAGUCGAUAACUCCCUUGAUCCACGGGGCAUGCGUCUGUAUCCCCAGUGAAGAGGCCCGGUUGAACGACAUCGUAGGGGCCAUCAACGAUAUGAGAGUCAACCAAGCAUGCUUUACGCCUUCGUUCAUUGGCUUUGUGGAAAUUGACAGUGUUCCAGGGCUGAAGAGCCUUGUUUUGGCCGGGGAGGCAAUGUCGCAGUCACAGCUGACGACGUGGUCCAAAAUAAAACUGGUCAAUGGCUAUGGUCCUACGGAGGCCGCCGUGGCGUCCGUGCUUAAUUCAAAUGUCACACCAGACACCGAUUGCAAAGAUAUUGGUUUGCCAGUCGGGGUGCGGGCCUGGCUGGUGAACCCGGAAGAUCAUAACGAACUGGUCCCCGUCGGCUGCCCUGGUGAAUUGCUCCUCGAAGGACCGACCCUCGCUCGGUGCUACAUCAACAACCCGCAAAAGACGAACGAAUCCUUUAUCUACGACCCAGCUUGGACUAAAUUUGAUGCUGGCGGUGACUCGAACCGUCGUUUCUACAAGACUGGCGAUCUCGUCCGCUACAAUUCCGACACGGGCUCGCUUAACUACAUCGGCCGUAAAGAUACACAGGUCAAAGUUCACGGCCAACGAAUCGAACUUGGCGAGAUCGAGAACCAGCUCAGCACCGAUCCAGAGGUUACCCAUUGCUCCGUCUUCUUCCCCAAGUCUGGAUUUUCCAAGGGGAGAUUGGUAGGCGUGGUCUCCUCUGCUGGCCUUUUAGCCGAUCAAUCCGAGUCGGACCUGGAACCCCUGCGACUUGUCUCGUCCUCGAAAAAGGCUAGACUGGUCCCCGGUAUUCGAGAGCGAUUGUCAGCGCGGCUUCCUACUUAUAUGGUCCCUGCGGUCUGGCUGUGUGUCCAAGCUUUGCCAUUGCUUCCCUCCGGUAAAUUGGAUCGCAAAGGAAUCGCGAAUUGGGUCGCUGGCAUGGAGAAGGAUCCUGAUGCGCAGAACCACCAAGCAGUCGGCAUGCGGAAGCAAGUGACAUCAAAACCUACGAACGAGACAGAGGAGGUGUUAGCAGUUGUCUACAGUCGCGUUCUCAACAUUCCGCAACAACAGCUCAGCUUGGAUGAGAGCUUUCUCGGGCUUGGUGGCGACUCCAUCGCCGCGAUGACAUGUGUCGGUUUGUGUAAAAAGCGUGGAGUCGGGCUUUCUGUGCAAGAAGUCCUCCGUAGCAAGUCGAUUCGAGAACUCGCUUCUCACGCCAAAGCCGUCAACCAUGCCACCACUUACCAUGAAUCUGUGGACGAACCGUUCGACUUGUCACCCAUCCAAAUACUUCACUUUGGUGUUCGCAAAGAAGGGCAGGGACAUUUCAACCAGGGCAUCCUCACGCGUUUGAGCAGGGCCAUCGAUGAGCAGACGCUGCGCAAGGCCGUCGAAACCCUUGUCUCACGUCAUUCUAUGCUGCGCGCUCGCUUCGACGAUUCCGGGUUUGCAACUGCCUCGAAGCAAAGAAUCACUCGCGACAUUGAAAGCUCUUAUCGAUGGCGUACCCACAACGUCUCCAGCAUGGAUGAUGUCAAGCCCUUGGUUGCGGACAGCCAAUCGUGCAUCAACUGCUUCUCCGGACCUUUGCUUGCGCUCGACUACUUUAAUGUCCAAGGCCGGGAUUGGGUGCUGUCGAUGACCGCCCACCAUUUGGUUGUUGAUAUUGUCUCAUGGAGAAUUAUCCUUGAAGAUCUGGAAGACCUGGUGCUCAAUCCCAACAAGUCCCCCAGUCAGGAUGGGUCCUUGCCUUUCCAGACAUGGUGCCGUUUGCAAGCGGAUCACAGCAAAGCCUUGAUCUCCGAAAAGAAGGUAGCGACUGACUCGCUUCCUGCUGUGGAUUUCGCCUACUGGGGAUUGCAGAAACAACAAACCACGUAUGGUGAUGUGGAUUGUGCGUCUUUCGAAAUCGAUGAGGCUCACACCACUUCAAUCCUGCUGGAGUGCCAUAAAGCUCUCGAGACCGAACCCAUCGAUCUGUUUCUGGCAGCGAUGCUCCACUCGUUUGGUCAGUCUUUCACUGAUCGUGCUCUUCCUGUGAUUCACAAUGAAGGGCACGGCAGAGAGGUUUGGGACUCGUCAAUUGAUAUUUCGCACACUGUCGGCUGGUUCACCAUCCUUCAUCCAAUCUUCAUAUCCGGCCUCAAGCCAAACAACCCCGUCGAGACCCUCAUCCAGGUCAAGGACCUCCGACGUCGCGUCUCGGACAAUGGUCGCGCCGACUUUGCUAGUCGAGUCCUGCCUAGUGACGGAAAAGAGGACGCCUGCUACCCGCAUCCCUUUGAAAUGUCCUUCAACUACGUUGGCCAACACCGUGACUUGCAGCGGAAGGAUGGUCUUUUCCAACUUGUCAACCAGAUGGCUGGUGAGGCAGGGCAAGGAGGAGGCGCCGCGGACUUCGGCCGUGACACUCCACGAUUCGGUCUCUUUGAGAUCUCUGCCAUGGUAGUAGCAGGACGUCUCCGAUUUACUUUCUCCUUCAACCGGUUUAUGCAGCACCAGAACCAAAUUCGUCGCUGGGUUUCUACCUGCCAGCAAUUGCUUGUGUCUCUUUCCGAGCAAUUGCAGUCCACGACGCCCCGAGUGACUUUGAGCUCUUUCCCAAUGCUGUCAUUGACUUAUGAUAGUCUCGAGAAAGUGGUUUCCGAAAAGCUUCCGGCCAUGGGCAUUAACUCUCUGGAUCUCGUCGAGGACAUCUACCCUUGCUCUCGCCUACAGCAGGGUAUCUUGCUCGGGCAAACUCGCGACAGCUCCUACUACGCUGUUCAUGACACCUUUGAGAUCAAAGGCCGUGGAUCGAAUGUGCCAAACGUUGACAGAUUGGUGAAUGCCUGGGAGCAAGUAGCUUCCCACCAUGCCAUGUUCCGGACGAUUUUUGCGGAGAACCUCACUCCUCGUGACCCCUUCUGCCAGGUUGUGCUCAAGAAGUAUGAUGCAACACCGGUCUUUUUGCAGUCCUCUGGAGAAAGCGAUGUGCUUGCCACUUUCGACAGACAGGAGCCUAAGAACUACCGUGAGCUUCGCCCGGCAUACCGUUUUACUCUUUGUCAGACCGCUACCGGAAGGCUGUUCUGCCGCAUUGAGCUCAGCCAUGCUGCCAUGGAUGGUAACUCUAUUUCUAUCAUCCUUCGUGAUUUGCAGUUGGCAUACGUUGGAAGACUUGAAGAAAGUCCCAAGCCCUUGUUUAAAGACUACAUCCGUUAUCUUCGGAAUGCACCAACGGAGGCCAGUAUCAACUACUGGCGUGGGUACUUGUCUGAUGCUAAGCCAUGCAAUUUCCCGGUCCUGACUGAUGGCGAGAAGUCAUUCAAGAGCCUUCGGUCAAUUCCUGUCAACUUUGGAUCUCUAGCGCACCUUCAAUCUGUUUGUGAAAAGAAGCGAAUCACACUAUCCAAUGUGUUCAACGCGGCGUGGGGUCUCACUCUUCGCUCUUUCUGUGGCUCUGAUGACGUCUGCUUCAGCUACAUGGCAUCUCUGCGAGACGUUGCUGUCGAUGGUAUCCAAUGGGUGGUCGGUCCUGUUAUCAACCUGAUGGCUUGCCGCAUGAAAAUUACUGGAGACUCCAUACUCAGCGAUGUCCUCCAGCAGAUCCAGGAUGACUACAUGGAGAGCCUUCCGUUUCGCCAAACCUCGCUCAUCGACAUCCAGCAUGCUCUCAAGCUCUCCGACACCAAUCUCUUUAACUCAGGCGUUUCCUACCGCAGAUUGCCCAGCGCCAAGGAUGCUGUGAGCAGUGACAUCGAAUGCGUUGAAGUUGGCUCCAUCCACGACCCAGCCGAGUUUCCGGUCUUCAUUAACAUUGAGGCCAUGGAUACCCAGGCCCGCAUUGAUCUUAACUACUGGACCACCAAUCUCUCGGAUGCCCAGGCUGCAAACGUUGCUAGCAUUUACCUUCGCUGUCUCGAAAACAUCAUGGACCAUGCCGACAAGGAGAUCCGCCAGCUGGACAUUCUCAGUGAUGUUAACAAAGCCCAGAUCCUCUCCUGGAACUGCAAGAUGCCACAAGCCAUUGACAAGUGUGUCCACCGGACUGUUCAAGAUAUGGCCAAGAUCAGACCAGAUGCUUUGGCUGUCACUGCCUGGGAUGGUAGCCUCACUUACUCCAAGCUGGAUCAGUUUUCGUCCCGCCUUGCAAGCUAUCUCGUUACUUUCGGUGUUGGUCCCGGCAGUCUGAUCCCUGUCUGCUUCGAGAAGUCUGUCUGGAACAUAGUCUCAGUCCUGGCCAUUAUGAAAACCGGUGGCGGCUGUAUUCCCGUCGAGUCUGCUCAAACCACGGCUCUCAUUGACAAUUGGGUUCUUGAUAAUGUGGUUCAGGUCGCACUUGCAUCCCCCGAGAAAGCUCAAAUUCUUGAAGACCUCAUCCCAUAUGUCAUCCCCGUGAGCGAGUCUCUCCUGGAGUACCUCACUGAUGAGCCCCUGUUUUCCGCUGCCACUCCUUCAGAUGCCGCCUAUGUCGCUUUUACGGCUGGUUUCUCUCGCCGCCCCAGAGGACUUGUGCUGGAGCAUUCAACAAUCAUGACAAGGGCCGAGGGUUUUGCUGCGAAGUUGAGACUAUCAGAUGUCUCCAGGACCCUUCAGUUUUCUGCUCACACAUCUGACAUGUUCCUCCUUGAGACUUUUGGCACCUUUAUUCAUGGAGGCUGUGUUUGCAUUCCGGCUGAUAUCGAGCCAUUUAACUUGUCAUCCGCGAUUAAUGUGCUCCAUGCCAAUGUCGCAAGCUUCACUCCGACUGUUGCAGCUCUUGUCUCUCCAAAGGAUGUUCCCGGCCUGCGUACUCUUGCUCUUAUUGGUGAAGCUCCUACAAGCGCUAUCCUUAGCCAGUGGAAUACCGACGAUCUGCAGCUACAUACUUUGUAUGGCACGGCAGAGACUUCUUCUGCCUCUCUUCACACCGCACACCUGGCGAACUCGUCCGAAGCCCGGGAGAUUGGAUAUGCUAUGUCGUGCGUCUCAUGGGUUGUUAAUCCGGAGAACCAUCACUCUCUUGUCCCCAUCGGUUCCGUCGGCGAACUGGUCAUUGAAGGGCCCGUUCUCGCUCGAGGCUAUCUCGAACUUGAUGCCACCACACCCAAAGACUUCUUUGAGAACCCUUUGUGGCUUUCGAGCCUUGAUCAGAUCGAUGACAUCCUGGAUGGAAAGCGGUGGUUUUUUAAAACGGGAGAUCUUGUUCGCUACAACUCCGAUGGAUCUUUGAUCUACGUCGGCCGGAAGAGCGACGUUGUGGGACUACCCCUGCCAGUCGAUUGCUUCCAGACCCAAGACUACGUUGACUCAUUCGUGGAAUCGAAGACGAAAUGCAUUGUGGAAAGCAUCACUUUCCAUCGCGAUGCCGGAGUUACGGAAAGCCUUGCUGCCUUUGUAAUCUCGACCGACGAAAUCUCCACAACAGUCGGUGACAGCUCGAUCAUCCAACACUCUGCUCCACACAUGCAAACUGCAAUUGUUAGUAUACAUGCGCACCUCACUGCCAAUCUCCCAACGAACAAGGUCCCGAGUAUUUACGUUCCCAUCUCUUCUCUUCCCCUUACCACUUUUGGAAAGCUGAACUUACAGACCCUGCAAACUGAGAUUCAAGGACUGCCCACCAAUGUUCUCGGAUUGUUUGACAUCAAACAUUGGACCGGCUCGAAAUCGGCAGACCAGAUCUCUCGAUGCUCGACGCUCUCGGAGGGCAAUGUUGCCUUCUGGAAGGAGUACCUUGCCGAGGCUGAACCGUGCAACUUCCCUGCCUUGUCGCGCGACCUGAUUGAGGAGGAUCGCUCGACUCGCACACUCAACAAACAGACCGGAAAGCUGCAUGCCUUCAGCAAGAUGGCAGGCGUUGAUGUUGCGACCCUCCUCCAAUUUGCAUGGGCCAUGGUUCUCCGUUGCUACACCGGCUGCGACGAUGUGUGCUUUGCUUACCUUGCCUCUGAUUUCAACGACGCUGAGGAGCUUGAUUCCCAAGCCAUUGUCGCUUGUCGACUUCUUUUGAGCAACGAUCGCAGAGUGGAGGACACUCUGCAACGAAUCAAGACGGAUUCUGAAAAGUGCCUCCAAAACUUCGUUGAUCUCAGCAGCGUCAUUCACCAACUUGGCCUUGAGGAUGGAGGUCUUGUUAACACCCUCUUCAAGUUCCACAAGGCAUCUUACCUCUCGAAUGGCAGCCUUGCAGAAACACCAACCAGCAGCGCCUACAAGCUCGCAGUCGAAGCUGAAGUCUCCAACUCGUUUGCUCAAAUUCAUUUCAACUACUCUUCCGAUACUUUGUCCAGCAAACAAGUCAGCCAUGUCAUCGACGCAUUUGAUCACAUUCUCGACGACCUGGUCUCUUCAAACUCUCGCGAUCGUGUAAUUGGAGAUCUUGACAUGUUUCCCGAGCGAUCUUGCCGCCAGGUUCGCGAAUGGAAUGCUAUUUCACCCCCAAGAUUUGAAAAGUGCGCAGACGAACUCAUUCAGCAGCAAGCCCUUCUUCAUCCUCGCUCUGAAGCCGUGUGCUCCUGGGACAAGAACUUUACAUACGGGCAGCUUGAGAUUGUCUCCAGUCGCCUGGCACGCCAUCUUUCCGGCCUUGGAGUCAAACCUGAAGUCUUUGUUGUAAUGUGUUUCGAGAAGUCCGCCUGGGCUAUUGUUGCUCAACUUGCCGUCCUCAAGGCUGGUGGAGCGUUUGUCUCUAUUGACCCUGCGCAUCCUGACGCAAGACUUCAAGUCUUGAUUGACGAAAUUGGUGCCGAUCUUGUCUUGUGUUCUUCUUCCAUUCAAGCUCGGAUGUCAAAGCUUUGCAAGAAAGCAAUCGCUGUUUCCCAACCCGCUCUCUCUCAGCUUCCUGAUUCUCCACUGGCCUUGCCCGGCAAACGACCCACUCCAUUCAACGCUGCCUAUGCCAUCUUUACUUCGGGAACCACCGGAAAGCCGAAGGCGACAGUGGUGGAACACCUUGCUCUCAGCACAACUGCAGUUGCCAUGACUGAUGCUCUGCAUAUGAAUUCCGCAACUCGCGCAUUGCAAUUCUCGAACUACACCUUCGACGUUAGCAUCUUGGAAAUCAUGGUCACCUUGAUGACUGGAGGUUGUGUCUGUGUUCCAAGUGAAGAGGAGCGCAUGAACAAUCUGGGAGGCGCCAUUCGACGUAUGGAAGCAAACUACAUGGCCUCGCCCCCUGCCAUUGUCAACACUUUGGAACCCAAGAAUGUGCCGACUCUCAAGACCAUCAUCACGGGAGGCGAGAAAAUGCCGGCAAACCACAUCGACCGCUGGCAUGACAGAUUUGUUAUCAAUGCUUACGGUCCCUCUGAAGCCACUGUCGUUGCCACGACCGGUGUCAAGGUUGACUGGGAUGGCAACCGUGUCAACAACGAUCCCACAUCCAUCGGAACUGCUGCAAAUUGUAGAGUUUGGAUUGUUGAUCCCAACAACUACAACCGUCUUCUUCCUGUGGGUGCAGUUGGUGAGAUGCUUUUGGAGGGAAGCAACAUUGCGCGAGAAUAUCUCGGCAACGAACAGAAAACCAAGGAAGCCUUCAUUCAAGAUCCUGUUUGGAAUCGUCAUGCUGGCCUCCAGGGUCUGUUCAAGCGAAGCGACCGCAUGUACCGCACGGGAGAUCUUGUUCGUUACAACAGCGAUGGAACCCUCGCUUUCAUCUCCCGAAAGGAUACCCAGAUCAAAUUCAACGGUCAGCGUAUUGAGCUCGAGGAAAUUGAACACCAGUGUGUUCGUUGCCUCCCAGAGGGCUCUCAAGUUGCUGUGGAUGUUGUCGUGCCUCAAGAACGAACCGUGGCCAAGGGUCUUGCAGCCUUUUUUACAAUCCACGAUGCAGACUCCUUCCACGGCGGUAGCACCGACCAGUUUGCUCCUACAAUUCCUGGUGCUGACCCAUUGCUUCUGCCAAUCUCCGUCUCCAACAUGGACGUUAUUCAAAAGUUGAAAGGCUCUCUGCCCGAUUUGUUACCUCAGAGUAUGAUGCCACGCCUCUUCUUCCCAUUGCGAAACCUGCCUUUCACCUCGUCGGCAAAGGUCGACCGCAGGAGACUCCGUGCCAUGGUCCAAUCUUUGCCCAAGGAGGCGCUCAAGUCCUACAUUACCUUCAAGGUUGCCACAAAACAGGAGGAGCUGCAAGCAGAGGGACCCGAAAUGAAACUCCGAGCUCUUUGGGAAAAGACCCUCGAUCUCGAACCUGGCUCUGUUACCAUCGAAGACAGUUUUUUCGCACUUGGUGGUGACUCGCUUUCCGCCAUGAAUCUUGUUGGAGCUGCACAGGCCGAAGGGAUUGCCCUCACAGUCACCAGCAUUUUCAAAUAUCCACAGUUGGUGGACAUGGCUAAGAGCUGUGUGGUGUCUUCCAAUCCACCGGAGAGCAAGCAGCAGGUUGCCACUAAACCUUUUGCGCUGCUGCCGCCUUCCCUUAUUCUCGAUGAGCUUCUCGAGGAGGUCACAGACAACUGCAUGGUACCACGGGAUUCUAUUACCGACAUCUACCCCUGCAGUGCCGUUCAAGAAGGCCUUCUUACUCUCUCGGUUAAGCACCAUGGAGCCUAUGUUGCCCAGCCAGCGUUUCGCCUCGCUGAUGGAGUGAACCUCGAGCGAUUCAAGGCUGCUUGGCAGCAGACAGUGACCGAGUUGGACAUUCUCCGCACGCGCAUUGUGCACACGGAGGCUAUGAACUUUACACAGGUCGUCAUCAAGGACUCGCCGAUUUCCUGGAUACAUGCAAAGACUUUUGAUCAACUUCCGAAUGACAGUAUUAAUAUCCCAAAGCAUAACGGGGCUCCUUUGACUGCAUACGCCAUUGUUCAACCCCAGGCCUCGUCUACCAGCUAUUUUGUCUGGUCCGUCCACCACGCACUUUACGAUGGCUGGAGCAUUCCCUUGAUCUGGCGCAAAGUCGAAGAGAACUAUCUCGGUUCAAAGAACAAGCGACAGGCGACUUCAUACAGCCUGUUCAUUGAACACCUUUCAAAGAAGGAUAUGGCUGUGUCGGAUGUCUUUUGGAAGUCAUAUCUUGCCGAUCUUUCCUGCGAGGUUUUCCCCAAUAACAAGAAUUCUGUCCCUGAUGCUGUGCGUGCCGGGAACACCCAGUACCACACCUUUGAGUUUUCACGAGCUCCCAACACCGUUGACCUCACUCUGCCUGUGCUUAUUCGAGCUGCCUGGGCGAUUGUGGUUGCUACUCACACUGGGGCUGGCGAUGUCUGCUUCGGUGAAACCUUGUCUGGUCGAAAUAUCGAUCUCCCUGGCGUCGGCGAUAUUGCUGGCCCCGUUUUGACCACUGUUCCCACUCGGAUUCAGGUCGACAAUGCAGUUCCCAUCCUCCAGUACUUGCAGAAAGUGCACCAAUCAACAACUGAGAUGAUUCCGCACCUGCAUUCGGGAUUGCAGCGCAUCCGGGCCAUCAACAACGACACUUCCACUGGCUGCAACUUCCAGAAUCUUUUGGUUAUCCAGCCAAAUGAAGGGCAACUCAAUGACAAGAUCUGGAUUGAUGAGGAUUAUCAAGCCAGCGAGGACUUUUAUACCCAUCCGCUUGUGCUGGAAUGCGGCAUCUCGAAAACAAGCAUCUCCCUUAAAGCACACCAUGAUGAGCUCAUCAUCAAUAGCUGGCAGACAAAGCGACUAGGCGAGCAAUUUUGCUAUGUGCUGAAGCAAUUGAUCUCGAUGCCCAAGAACUGCACCCGAAAACUUGGGGACCUGGAAGUUGUCAGCCCUCAGGACAAGGCUGAAAUUUCUCGCUGGAACCAACGCCACAUUGCAGCAGCCGAUCGAUGUGUCCAUGAUUACAUUCGAGACAAAGCAUUUGAGACUCCCAAUGCCCAGGCUGUGUGUGCUUGGGAUGGCGAGCUUACUUACAGAGAGUUUUGGGAGCUCGCUUCAUCUUUUGCGAACUACCUCAUUUCUCGCGGAGUGGGCCCCGAGGUCUUCGUCCCUGUUUGCCUUGACAAGUCUGCUUGGGCAAUGGUCACCAUCAUCAGCAUCUUGAUUGCAGGUGGUGGAUAUGUGCCCCUGGAUCCAUCCCACCCUACCUCGAGACAUGAGGAGAUCCUUGAGGAGGUCAGCGCGAUCAUGAUUCUCUGCACUCCCAAAUACACUAACCGCUAUACCCGAGCUGUCAAAACUGUGAUACCAAUCAGCAAAGAGACAAUCAAGGCGUAUGGAUCUCUCAAUUCGCAAACCCGCAACCGCUCCCAAGUCACACCCUCGAACAUGGCGUAUGCUAUUUUCACGUCGGGCAGUACUGGUCGUGCCAAGGGCAUUGUCAUCGAGCACCAGAACAUUGCCAGCAGUGCUUUGGCAUUUGGGCCUGUGGUCCACAUGGACUCCUCCUCCAGGGUCCUCCAGUUUGCUUCUUUGACCUUUGAUGCCGCAGUCCUGGAGGUUCUUGCAAUUUUGAUGUUUGGCGGUUGCAUCUGUGUACCCAGCGAGGACGAGCGUCUCAACGACGUUGCAGGUGCUAUUCGGCGCAUGAAAGUUAACUGGACCUUCCUCACCCCCUCAAUUGCUAGCAUUGUUGAGCCAUCGUCUGUCCCCUCUCUCAAGAUUCUUACGUGCGGUGGUGAGAAGAUGUCCAAGGAAGUGAUCACCAAAUGGGCCAACGCCGCCCACCUCAUGAAUUGCUAUGGCCCCACGGAGACCUGCGUGUUUGCGGUCAUUGACACCACUGUUGCCGCUCAUCGGGAUCCUGCACGCAUUGGAUAUGGAAUUCCCAGCACCUUGACUUGGAUCGUCGAUCCUGACAAUCACAACCGAUUGGCACCUUUGGGGGCUGUUGGCGAGCUUGCUCUGGAAGGCCCUGCUCUCGCGAGGGAGUAUCUCAAAAACCCGGAGAAGACUGCUGAAACCUUCAUUGAAAACCCUACCUGGAUCAAGGAGUUUGGCACGAACAUGCCGGCUCCCCGAAGGAUUUACCUGACCGGCGAUCUUUGCUACUACAACCAAGAUGGCACUGUUGGCUACAUCAGUCGCAAGGACCACCAAGUCAAACUCCACGGCCAACGCAUGGAAUUGGGUGAAAUCGAGCAUCGCCUCUACUCGGACCCCCGCGUCCGACAUGCUGUGGUUAUUCUUCCAAAGAACGGUCCUCUUCAGCAGCGCCUUGUUACUGUCAUGUCUCUCAACAAGGUUGUUGCGGACAACAAUCUCAUUUCGGAUCAGCCUUGUGAGCUUGUUGAUGAAGAAGAACUCGAGAGCCAUGCAUAUGCUGCUCUCAGUGAUGUUCAGAAAAGCCUUGAGAAUCAAUUGCCAAUUUAUAUGGUUCCACAGACAUGGGCACUGAUCAAGAAGCUGCCCAUGCUUGUGUCGGGCAAGCUCGACCGAAAGAAGAUCACUGCUUGGCUUGAGAACAUUGACGAGACGUCUUACGACAGAAUCAUGCAAGACUAUGACCGGAUGAAGCGUGGCCAUAGUGAGAAGAAGGAGGAGCCAGAGCAGGACACCUCCCUCAAGGUGAUUCGGGAGAUUUUUGCGCAAGUUUUGAACAUUUCUCUGCAGAAGAUCAAUGUCGAACGCUCUUUCGUCAGCUUGGGCGGCGACAGCAUCACUGGAAUGGCCGUGAUUUCCAGAGCCCGCAAACAGGGCCUUGUCCUGACCCUCAAUGACAUUUUGCAGAGCAGGUCGAUCAAAGAGCUUUCCCAAGCAGCUGGAACCAAGGCUCCGGUUUCUCAGCGCGAGGAAAAGUUAGGUGAAGGAUUCGGUCUUUCACCAAUCCAGAAACUGUACUUCCGGUGCUCGAACUCCUUCCAGGGUGCCUCCCGCUUUAACCAGAGCAUCACCGUGCGCGUCACUCGCAGAGUUGAAGGAGAGGUUCUGCGUCGUGCGAUCAAGGCUGUGACGAGCCAGCACUCAAUGUUCCGAGCACGGUUCAGCAAGACUAGCAGUGGUGUCUGGGAGCAGAAAGCUGCAGCGGUAAGUGAUAAGAUUGGUUACGCCAACGUUCAAGAAGGGCUGUGCUUACAAUUAGUACAGGAAGUUGAUGAGUCCUACCGCUUCCGCAUUCAUUCCAUCAAUGAGACACGCGAGAUGGUGACCAAGAUCGCUGAGAGCCAGACCUGCCUAGAUCCUUCGAAUGGACCCAUAUUAGCAGCAGAUCUUUUUAAUCUUCGCAGUGGUGGACAGAUUCUUUUCCUCGUUGCUCACCACCUUUGUGUUGACAUGGUGUCUUGGCGCAUUGUUCUUCAGGAUCUGGAAGAGCUCGUUGCCUCCGGGUCUCUUUCCGAUGAGAAAGCGCUUUCUUUCCAGAGCUGGUGCCAGAUGCAACUCGAGAGGAGCAAGGUCCACGAAGCAGACAGCCUCUUACCUUUCACACCCGAGCAACCUGAUCUCCGGUACUGGGGUAUGGAUAACUCGCAAAACGUCUACGGCCACAUCAAGAUGGAGUCUUUCACUCUGAGCGAGGACGUCACCAAGUUUAUUCUCGAUGGCUGCCAUGGUGUCUUCCGUACUGAUACGGUUGAUAUUCUGCUGUCAUCCAUUAUCCACUCCUUCCGCCGCACAUUCACAGAUCGCAAGGUUCCCACCGUGUACAACGAAGGACAUGGUCGGGAGGCAUGGGAUGCGAACAUUGACCUUUCGCGAACUGUUGGCUGGUUUACGGCCUUGUGCCCACUGCAUGUACAGCCAGAGUCUGGUAAGCUUUUGCCCUCUCAGCAGUACUUAAUUGAACCUCAUACUCACACAACUACAGCUGGAAUUGUCGAUACAAUCAAGCGUGUCAAGGACGCCAGACGCAAGAUUGUUGACAAUGGCCGACCAUAUUUCGCUAAGAGCCUCCUCCAAUCCGACUCAUCUGAAUUCCCGGUUCCCCUUGAAAUCCUGUUCAACUACCUCGGUCGACUUCAGCAGCUGGAGCGUGCCGACUCCCUGUUCCAGCAUUAUGGCAGCGCAUUUGACAGCUCGGACUUUGCCACUGCAGGUGAUAUGGGACCUGAGACGCCUCGAUUUGCCCUGUUUGAAGUGUCUGCCAUUGUUAUCAAGGAUAAGCUCACUGUUGCAUUCACUUACAACCGUCACAUGCAACGCGAAGGGAAGAUCCGCCAUUGGAUCAUGGAGUGCAAGCAGAUUCUCGAGAAGGAUCUCCUCUCUUUGAAGAGCACGACCCCCGAGCCUACUCUCAGUGACUACCCUCUGCUGCCAAUCAACUACCAUGGGCUUCAGAUGCUCACGAACAACACUUUCCGCAAGUUGGGCAUUCGAAGCAAGGAUCAGGUUGAAGACAUCUAUCCCUGCUCCCCAAUGCAAGAAGGCUUAUUGCUGAGCCAACUCCGCGACCCCAACGCCUACAUGUUCCUCACGGUAUUCGAGAUCAAGGAUCCGCGAUCUGGAAGGGUGAACACUGAGAAGCUUGCCCAAGCCUGGCAAGCCAUUGUUGAACGCCAUCCGGUGUUGAGAACAGUCUUCAUUGACAGCACCUACAGCGGAGGAUCAUUUGACCAGCUUGUUCUCAGCAAACUCAACGACAAUGUUCUCCGAGUCGAAUGCUCGGAUUCUCAGGUUGAGGAAAAGCUGGGCUCGAUCUCCCUGCGCAACAUGAACUCUACGCGCCAAUCGAAACUCUCUCAUCAACUGACGAUCUGCAAAACAUCCAGUGGCCGCGUUCUGGUUAAGCUGGAGAUCAAUCAUGCUAUCAUUGAUGGCGGCUCUGUCGAUGUUCUUCUGCGUGAUCUAGCGAUGGCUUACGACCGUCGACUCCCAGAGGGCGAAGGGCCCAGAUUCAGUGACUACAUUCAGUUUAUUAGAUCUAGGAGCCAGAGCGAGGCUCUUGGUCACUGGAAACAGUAUCUUGGCGGAGUUAGCCCAUGCCAUAUUGCUCCUUCGGCCGGAUUCGAGUCGAAGAGAGAGCUCAAGGGCGUGCUCAUGAACUUCCGGCGUUUCCCUGAGCUUCUGCAGUUCUGCGAAAAGAGCUCAGUUACCCUUGCCAAUCUGACUUUGUCCGCUUGGGCCAUUGUGCUCCGACAGUUUACUGCCUCUGACGAUGUCUGCUUUGGAUACUUGUCAGCUGGGCGCGACGCACCUGUCAACGGGAUUCAGGACAUGAUUGGCAUCUUCAUCAACAUGCUUUGCUGCAGAGUUCAAUUCUCCAGACAGCAAACUCUUGUGGACGUCUCUAAGCAGGUGCAGGACGAUUAUAUUCGCAGUAUUCCACACCAGAGCUGCUCGUUGGCAAGCAUCCAACACGAGCUUGGCUGGCAGGGCCAAUCACUCUUUAACACCACUUUGUCGAUCCAGAACCACUCGGUGGCGGGCGCCUCGAAGGAGAAGGGCUUGUCCUUUGACCUUCAGCAUGCUCAUGAUCCCAGCGAGUAUGCGGUAACUGUAAAUGUUGAGAUCGCUCGGGGCCAGGAAGGCAUUCUUCUACGAUACUGGAGUGAUGUUGUUUCCGACGAGCAAGCGCAAUCUUUGGCCGAUACCAUCGCCAAAGUGUUUACUGGCUUCAUUGAGACACCGUCUGCAACAAUGCUGGAAUCGAAGUUUGAAGCCGAAGUGCCACAUGAACAACAGCCUGUCGAGUGGGACUACUCCCAAUCUGCUUACAGCGAAAAGCCUAAGCAGUCCGACCAGGCGCUCGACAAUAACUCCAUCCAGAGGAUAAUUGACGAUCGUGUGCAUGAGAUUAUUGGACAAUUGUUAAGAGAAGGAAAAUUGACGGUUCCGGGCAUCCAAACGGAGGGGCUGUCUGGUUAUAGUGACGCAGUGGAUUCACCUUAUGGUGCAUCGGGAAUUCAAGGAGCAGAUGAUUCUGGGGUUUGUUCGGCGACUUCUCGAUCCAGCGAGGAUGGGAUGUCGGCCGAUGUGGAAAGGAAACUAUGGAGUCUUUGGAGCACGGCGCUUGGGCUUUCCCCCAACGUCGUGAGGCACCAGGACAGCUUUUUCAAGCUGGGUGGCGACAGCAUCACGGCUAUGAAGAUGGUCAGUGCCGCCCGUGAGGAGGGACUUGUUUUGACGGUGGCGGAUGUUUUCAACAACCCGGUCUUCGAGGAUAUGCUUACAACAGUGCGCGCCGCCAAUGUCACUCAGCAAAGGUUGAACGUCGACCUUCAGCCCACUCCCAAAGAGCCGGAGGCAUUCUCUGACACCAACCGCAUAUCCCUCGCACACACACCUUCCUCGGAGAGCAUUGAGAUUCUCAAGCCUACCAAGUGUGUGGACGAUAACUCCAUCCAGAGUGGUAUUUGCCCCAAGAUCGGUGUCUUCAAGGGUGGCAUCGCCGACGUUCUGCCUGUCAAUGACUUCCAGGCCCUGUCACUGACUGCGACCCUCUUCAAGUCCCGGUGGAUGUUGAACUAUUUCUAUUUGGAAGGGAAUGGACCUCUGGAUUUGAAACGUCUGCGCGAGAGCUGCUUGAAGGUCGUUGAUGCGUUCGAUAUUCUCCGAACUGUCUUCGUAUGCUUCCACGACCAGUUCUUCCAGGUCGUCUUGCGCAAGAUUCGACCCAGCAUUUUUGUCUACGAAACCGAUCGCGGACUUGAUGAUUUUACCAUGACCUUACAGCAGCGAGAUCGCGAGUAUGGCCCACGCGAAGGCGAGCAGUAUGUUCAGUUCUAUGUGGUGAAGAAGAAGGGCAGCAACCAGCACCGCAUCCUCAUCCGGCUCUCUCACACUCAGUACGACGGAGUGUGCCUGUCAAAGAUCAUGUCGGCCAUCAAACUUGGCUACGAAGGCAGUCCUCUUCCUCCAGUAACUCCUUUCGCGAGCUACAUGCGCCAGCUUCCUGGUACCAUCACGCCAAAUCACUACCAGCACUGGACCAAGCUUCUCGAGGGUUCGAAGAUGACCGAGAUCGUCCGUCGAAAGGGCCCGACCAUGUUCCAGAAUGUCGGCUCCUUCACCGAAAUCCACAAGACGGUCGAGAUCCCGCCCAUGGCUCUUGGCAAUAUCACUGUUGCGACAGUGAUGCAGGCUGCAUGGUCCAUCGCUCUUGCCAAGCUGUCUGCCCAGUCAGACGUGGUCUUUGGCCUCACAAUCAGCGGACGCAACGCGACUGUCCCUGGAAUCGAAACCACCGUCGGGCCCUGCGUCAACGUGAUACCUGUGCGCGUCAAGUUCGAUGAAAAGUGGACAGCACUUGAUCUCUUCCGCUUCUUGCAAGACCAGCAGGUCUCAAACAUGCCCUACGAAUGCCUGGGCUUCCGUGAGAUCAUCAAGCAAUGUACCGAAUGGCCCGCCUGGACCUACUUCACCACCUCCGUCUUCCACCAGAAUGUUGACUACGAAGGUUCUCUCCAACUGGAUGACACUCAGUAUCAGAUGGGUGGCGUCGGUGUCAAUGACAAUUUGGCUGAUCUGACUAUGGUCUCUCGGCCGGCCGACGAGCGUACUCUGAACGUGACCCUGGGCUUCUCUGAAAAGGGGCCCAUCCUCCCAUCAUUUGCGUCCAAGGUUGUGGACAUGGUCUGCGAAAUCGCCCAGUCUCUCACUGCAAACCCAAGCACCGCCCUCCCGUCUCCCAGCAUGCUCCGCUCGCUGCCUUCGCAAGUCGUUGAUGAUCUGCCUCGUCCAACGGACGAGCAUUUCCUCAGCGCCCAUCUCAAGUCCCGUUCUAUUGCCGAGCUUCUUGUCCACUCAGACAUCCUGUCCAGGUCGUGGCACCAGGUUCUUCCGAGCCGUAACACAAGCCCCAGCGCUCUCUCCGAGUCCGAGUCCAAACCACCCGCUCAUCAGACGGCAUUCCAGCUUGACUCAUCAUUCUUCGACCUUGGUGGUGAUAUUUUCAACAUGGCCCAGCUGACCUGGCUGCUUGAGCAGGAGGGCUUGAAAGUUCGCCUGGAGGAUCUCUUGGAGCAUCCUUCGUUCUUGGGCCAGAUGGCCGUCCUCGCACUGCACAACUCCAGAAAUCCGGAAGAUUUCCCUGGAGAGUAUGCUACUGGUGCGGCCGCAACAUCAGAUCUUGGAUCUCGGGCUGAGAAGAAGAAGACAUGGGAGAAGGCCAUCACUAUUGCGAAAAAGCUGACUCGUCGAAACAACAUGGUCUCAACUCGGGCUUGA